CUCUCCCUCCACCCGUUGUCCCAUACAUACUACAUGCCACACUCCGAGUAGCUACUCCACAUCGGGGAGGAGAUGGAGAGGCUGUUCGCCACCGAGAAGCUCGGGGGCAGGGCGCUGUACAAGCUCCACGCCACAACCCUGUUCGUGGGGAUAUGCCUGGUGCUCUGCUACAGGGCCACGCACGUCCCGGCGGCCGGCAGGGCGGCGUGGCUGGGGAUGCUGGCGGCGGAGCUGUGGUUCGGCUUCUACUGGGUCAUCACGCAGUCCGCGCGGUGGUGCCCCAGCCGCCGCUGCGCCUUCAAGGACAGGCUCGCUGCCAGGUACGGGGAGCGGCUACCCUGCGUGGACAUCUUCGUCUGCACUGCAGAUCCGCAGUCGGAGCCACCAAGCCUCGUCAUGGCCACAGUCCUCUCACUCAUGGCGUACAAUUACCCACCUGAGAAACUGAACGUGUACCUCUCCGACGACGGUGGAUCCAUUCUCACUUUCUAUGCUCUGUGGGAGACCUCCGCCUUCGCAAAGCACUGGCUUCCAUUCUGCAGGAGAUACAAAAUCGAGCCAAGGUCACCUGCCGCUUACUUUGCCCAGUCAGAUAAGCCUAGUGAUCCGAGAGCUUUAGAAGAAUGGUCGUUCGUCAAGGGCCUGUACGAAGAAAUGACGGAGCGAAUCGAUUCUGCUGUUAGGUCAGGCAAAGUUCCUGAACAAAUCAGAGUAAAUCAUAAAGGAUUUUCUGAAUGGAAUACAGGGGCAAACUCAAAAGACCACCAGCCAAUUGUUCAGAUUCUGAUAGAUGGGAAAGACAGAGAUGCAGUUGAUAAUGAAGGAAAUGUACUGCCUACACUGGUUUACAUGGCACGUGAGAAGAGGCCUCAGUACCACCAUAACUUCAAAGCUGGGGCAAUGAAUGCUCUGAUAAGGGUAUCAUCGGUGAUAAGCAACAGCCCUAUAAUUAUGAAUGUGGAUUGUGAUAUGUAUUCAAACAACAGCGAUUCAAUCAGAGAGGCACUGUGCUUCUUCCUGGAUGAAGAAACGGGUCACAAGAUAGCAUUUGUGCAGUACCCUCAGAACUAUAACAAUAUGACCAAGAAUAACAUAUAUGGCAACUCACUCAAUGUCAUCAAUAAGGUGGAGAUGGGUGGUAUGGACACUUGGGGUGGCCCAUUGUAUAUUGGCACUGGAUGCUUCCAUAGAAGAGAGGCCCUAUGCGGCAGGACCUUCACCAAAGACUACAAGGAAGACUGGGACCGAGGAAUUAAGACACAACAGGGCAUAGACCUGACUGAAGAGAAAGCAAAGUCGUUAGCAACCUGCACUUAUGAACUUAACACACAGUGGGGAAAUGAGAUUGGAUUGAAAUAUGGUUGCCCAGUGGAAGAUGUUAUCACCGGACUGGCAAUACAUUGUAGAGGAUGGAAUUCGGUCUACAAUGAUCCCCCAAGAGCAGCAUUUGUCGGUGUAGCCCCUACAACAAUGGCUCAGACAAUACUUCAGCACAAGCGAUGGAGCGAGGGUAAUUUUUCGAUUUUUCUUUCAAAAUACUGCCCCUUCUUAUUUGGACAUGGAAAAACUAGGUUGCCACAUCAAAUGGGCUACUCCAUCUAUGGUUUGUGGGCACCCAACUCGCUACCUACUUUGUACUAUGUUGUCAUCCCUUCACUAGGCCUUCUCAAGGGCACCCCCUUGUUCCCUGAGAUUAUGAGUCCAUGGAUCACACCUUUCAUAUAUGUCUCUGUUGUGGAGAAUAUUUACAGCCUGUAUGAGGCAUUAACAUCUGGAGACACAUUGAAAGGAUGGUGGAAUGGACAGAGAAUGUGGAUGGUUAAAAGAAUAACCUCGUAUCUUUAUGGCGUCAUUGACAACAUCAGGAAGUUGUUAGGACUGUCAAAGAUGGGUUUUGUAGUUUCACCAAAGGUAAGUGAUGAAGAUGAGUCAAAAAGGUACGAGCAAGAAAUCAUGGAAUUUGGAACGUCUUCACCAGAAUAUGUGAUCAUUGCAACCAUUGCAUUACUCAACCUCGUGUGCCUGGUGGGAGGGCUAUGUCGAAUCUUGACAAGUGGCCAGAAUAUGCAGUUGAAUGGAUUUUUCCUCCAGGUCGUUCUAUGCGGGUUGCUUGUGAUCAUUAAUAUCCCAAUCUAUGAAGCAAUGUUCCUCAGGAAGGACAGAGGGAGAAUACCAUUCUCAGUCACACUAGCUUCUCUUGGCUUUGUGAUGCUGGCCCUCUUUGUACCAAUAUUUUGAUGUCCUAAAAAGGGCACAGUGAAUAACAAAUACUUUGUAUGUUCUAAUCAUAAAUUAUCUACCUUAUUGUACCUUAAUAUCUCUUAUACGAUACUAAAAAAAAUAUAUGGUGAAAAAAGGAUCCUUUGUAUUCUA